CGGCACUUUCGCCGAUUGUCGUCGCGCUGCUGCUGUGUGACGUGCUGCUGCUGUUGCCGCUGACCACCGGUCCGAUCUGAGAUGUGCGUCGUCGCCUUUCCUUAAUACACCGGUUCCUCUCACAUCGUUGUCUCAUCGCGCCGCGUCGCGUCGCGCCGCGCCGCGCCGCAGGCUCGGAGCUGUCACUCGCGUCUUCCGCUACCGCGUAGCGUUGUGCCGCUCGGAUCCUCGCUGAUUCGUCAUGUGCCGGAUGAUUCGUGAAUCAUCUCUGGACGAUUUAGUGACCUACAUAGGUCCACGUGCCCGUAGAGGUGUAGUGAGAAAACAACGUCCGUCUGCUCGCCGUGUCACCUGGUGUUCCGAUUGCACGGCGAUAAUCAAUAGGACCGAGCGUUCCGUCUACUACUUGGAUAACUUACAGCGACUGACCUAAUUCGCUCGCCGAGAAUGUUGAUAAGCGCGCGAUUAACGAAGCGCGAUAAUGCCGCGGUGUAAUCUAGAUCUCUUGGCGGGAAAGAAUAGAAGUUCGUGAGUUUGAAGGUACCUCGGGGUCUGGAUGCUCGAGUCUGUCGUUCGCGUCAGUACAGCUCGUGGAAUCGUUUCGACGUUUCGUGCAUCGAAGAAACAACGAAGAUUGUGUACAAUACAAAUUAUACACGACUGGCUGAGAGCCGAGAGCGAUGUAAUUGGAUGUGCUUCGCUGUUAGAUAAUCGCGGAACCCAUAAUUUGGACGUCGAGGACGUCUCUCUAGGGAGACCUCAGCGGGGAGGUGGUCGUGCUGGGGGCCGAGGGGGUGGUGAUGUGGCCGAACAGCCUCGGAGGUACUUCCGGCUGCAGCGGGGGCGCCGGCGCCACCGAUCUCGGGGGUCUCGCCGCCUCCACCACCUCGGCCUCCGAGCUCUUCGGGCCCGCAGCGUUCGGCGCAUCCGCCGCCGGGCCCUACGGCGCUCUCAAGACGAAUCCCUACGUGAGCGCGCUCGGCAUGCCGCCGAUCGAGGCGCUGCAUUCGACCAUCGGUUAUCCCGGUUGUACACCCGCCGGUGAGUCCUACUACUGCAAUCCGAGGAAACAACGGCGUGAGAGGACAACGUUCACCCGGGCGCAGCUGGACGUGCUGGAGGGAUUGUUCUCGAAGACCAAGUACCCGGACAUCUUUAUGCGCGAGGAAGUGGCGAUGAAGAUCAACCUACCGGAGUCGAGAGUGCAGGUGUGGUUCAAAAAUCGCAGAGCCAAAUGUCGGCAGCAGCAGAAGCAGCAGCAGCAGCAGCAAGACAAGGCGCCGAGAUCGAAGAAACCCACGGGGAAUCCGGCCAGCAAUCCACCCCCUGGAAAAAGUCCUUCGAUUGCCACCACGCCCACGCCCGCCGCCGCGGUGCCCGCCACUACGCCCUUGAGCGGAGGUACCGGCGGCUCGGCGGCAAGUUCACCGGCGCUUCUGAGGGACUCGCCGCAAUAUAAGCCCGCGGGGAACGCUACUAGUUUGCUGUUAGCGGCCAGCACGACUCCACCGAGCUUAAGCGGCACGGUAUACAGCAGCGGUGGCAGUAGCAGUAGUAUUUGGAGCCCGGCGAUAACGGAGAGCGGCGGGGGAUUUCCAAGUGAUCAUCAAAGGUUAGCGUGGACGACAACCGCUUCUCAGCAGCAGUGCUACCAGAAUUACUCAUCGUACUACACCAAUAUGGAUUACCUCUCGCCCGCCUCGCAUCAGUUGAACGUUGUGGACAGCGGAGGUAGCGGCCUUGACAAUUCAUGGAGCAAAACGAGAGACGAGAGCGCCUCGUCUUGGUUCUACAACAGCGCCGGAUGGGGUGAUCGAAAGUGAAGCUAGGAGAAUCGCGGAACGAAGGCUGGGUACAUAUCAUCGACAACAACAGCGAGGGUAAUGCGGUAUGCAACGGCAUAUUGCAGUGUCGUUGUAAUACGGUGCCAAACUAGAAGCUCCACUUCCAGUGAGUGUCGAUGUAGAUUAAACAUAUCCUUCAUUCGGCCAGCGUUCAGGCACCUUGGGAUGUACAGGCCGAUCGAGAGUGCCAUACGUAUCCUAUCGCAUUUAAUGAUACGACAUAGUUUAAAUAUAUUUAUGACGUAAUCAUUUCGAUACGAGACGACGUACUGCGAGCGGUCGUGUAUUUUUUCAGAUACAUUUCCGACUGAGAUUCACGGCGGUUUAUUAAUGUGUGCGAGAUAGCUUCUUCUACAGAUUAUUUACAUCUCGGAACUUGUAUCGAGUGAUGCGUCUUAUCUAGAGUAUUAGAAAUUCGAGAUGAUCUCAAGUCGACGAUUACGAUUUUUUGAGGCCCCUGUGUUUCAUCACCGUGGCCAUUUUGUCUAACGAUGUUAGAAACGAGAAAAAAUACAUGCUCAAAAUUCCCGCAAAGUUUGUCGAAAUAGAAAAAUAUGCCCAUAAAAUGACUUUGGUUAAUGAUGGAGCAGAUUUUUAUAAUAAUUUGCACAUUAUUCUUUUGCUCUAAUGAUCAAUAAAAAUUAACAUGAGAAGAACGUGUAAUUGACAAGUUAAUUACAUAUUAUGUUAAUUUUACCGGCUACUUGUUAUAAAAAAAAUGAAAAUUUUCGGAAACGUUUAGAGAAGUAAGUUCUCGGUCGAUCGAGAAGUUUCACUAUAUGGAUGUAUAUUUUUCCAUUUCAAAGUAUUUUGCAACAAUUUUGAGGAUGCAUUUCCUCGCUUCUGACGUUAUCAGUCAAGAUGACCGCGAUGAGGAAUUAGCAACUUAAUAAAAGGGACAUUUUGCAUUCUUAAUUUCCUCAAAAUGCGUUGAAAGUGCAGACUCUCGUUGAUAUCCAACUAGUCAUAAUAAUAAAAUAAACAUCGAUCAAGAGGUAAGAGAGAGAAAGCGUUAUUAUAACAUGUCUCGAAUGAAAGAUUCAAUAUGAAAAAUUAUUCCGAGGAAGUUAUUUUCCGCUUUUUGCAUAUUAUUGCUUUAUAUUAUAUCUCAAUAAUAUUACAACGUAACGCUUUCAAUAGUCAAGAUAAAUAUUUUACAGUCACGACAUAUUUGACAGCGCCUUGUUCUAGGCGCGCUGAUAUAAUGAUUUCGUAUGUUUUCCAGUACAGAUAACUAUACUGUAUAUAAUAUAAAUACUUUUAUGAUAUUAAGAAAAAAAAAUUGAUCUAGCUAGGAUUCCGUUGAAUAGCUAAUGGAAGACGCGUUUGUUUCUUUUAACUCUCCGAUGAAGGAAGGAUUGACAACGGGAAAAUUUUUGAAAAGAGAUAUCUGCGUGUGUGCACGCGACAUGUGUACACUGUGUACAUAAAUUAUAUAUAAAAGCAUAUAGUGCAGGUCUAUGUACAUAUGUAUUAUUCUUUCAUGUAGGAAUAUAUCAUUACCUGACUUUUAAAACGGACGUCAUUACGGACGUUGAAGUUGUUAAUUAUUUCCAUUUCGGAUGCAUUUGUUUCACGUGCGAAAUAAAAUGUCAUCUUUUAUAUACAAAAAAAAAAUUUAUUAAUUAUGUACACACAUAUAUCACAUACACACCGUCCUGCUGUCGAAGAAUACGUGUUAGGUUUAUCAUGUAUGUAUUACCUUGUAUUAUCUUCGUACGCAGAGGAAAGGAACGACUUUUGAAAUAGCUUGAAGUUAUACAUUUCUUAUAUCUGACAAUCAGUGUCGUAAUAUACGAUUUUUUUCAAGACUUGGAGCUUCGUUUGUUAUUACUUGAUCCUUUUUUAAUAUACCAGCGAUUGAUAAUAUUGCUUCCGCACCAUGUCUAUUUGUGUAUCGCAAUUGUUCACACAUAUCUCCUAUUCGGUUAAAUUUGACGAAUGUAUAUAGAUAAAUUUAUCUACUAUCACAUUGUCAGCGUGCGCAAAAUGUUUUCAUUAUCAUAGGAUAUAAUGGCAAUUUUUAGUAGAUACCCAAUCGGACGGUUUGCGUACAUUGCUUUUGGUAAAACUUUCAUUACCGUUAUUUGAACAUUUCGCGAAGAAAUCGAUGAUGAAGCUUCAUGAGAAAUCGAUACUACAUAUUAAUAUUUGCGUCAUGUAACGAAAAUAUCGGUUGUUCUACAGACGUGAACGUCGAUUGAACAUAGAAUAGAAAAAAGAAAUAAAAAAUCCAUAUGUAAAGUGAGAGAAGAGAUUUAAGAUCCGUAGGAAUAUAAGUAUGUGACUGUUUAGAUUGUUAUUAUAAAUAUUAUCAAUAAGUAUAAGACGAUCGACGAGCAAAAC